AUGAAGCCGGUAACAAAAAAUGCCGCGCGCUCCUUGGAAUCUGGUACGUCGCCGCCGGCACCAUCGAUAUUAUCGUCGUUGUUGUCGACGUCGCCAAACACUAAACUCCAUCCAAAAGAUCUAAAUCAUGUUAGAAACGGUGGUCAUAGCAGACAGAGCGCACCUGCCUUAUCCACCACAACUACAAGAAAUAAAAACAGCAUGUACAAUGCUAUGGAAGUGCAAUUGAAGAAACAAUACCCUGAUCUUGAGGAAAAUGAUGUUGUACGACAAGCUGUUACUCCUAAACCAAAAAAAGUACUUUCUCCUCCAAGACCUAAAUCUCCUCAUUCAAGUAAAACACAAAAUUUUAUUGAAAAAAACAAAAAACAAAUUAAAAAAACAGUUAAAAAAACAAAGGAUGACUCUCCUCCUAUCUCUCCCACUUCUACCAUCAAACAACAACGUUCCUCUUCUGGUACUAGUGGUCAAUCAUCUUUUAACAUUACUUCACGCCCACACCAUCAGCAACAACCAUCUGCUGGUAUCUUAAAAGAUACGUUGAAAAAGAAGGACUCUGCUGCUACUCGCCGUCCUCCAUCUCCACAAAAUUUCAACAAUUCUACUUCAAAUCAUAGUAAACCAACUGCUCAUGAACGUUCCCAUGUUCGUGCCACUACUCCCGAUAGUGCAUUACGUGAAGAAAAUAAAGCAUUAAAACGUUUACUUGAACAAUAUAUGGAUUUGUUGGAAGCAAAAGAGAAUGACUUGUCUGAACUUGAAGAAGUCGCGGAUUCCUUAAGAGAAUAUAACAGUAAAUUAAUUGCUGAAAAUGAAUCCUUACGUGCUUAUCACAAAGAUCAUGAAGCUAAUGAAUUUAAUAAUAACAGCAAUGAUGACAACAACGGUUCCAACGGCUCAUCACCUGCUUUACUUAUAAUGAGCAGUAUUAAACAAAAUAACAAAAGGAUGCUUGGUGAAGUUGACAACAAAGUUGAUGAUAACAAAACUCUUGUAACUCCAUUAGAAAAUAUCGUACCACCAUCAUCAUCAUCAAAAACAAUAACAACUGCUGCAAAGUCACCUGCUGCUAGUAUUAUCGCUGCUCAUACUCAACCUCAACCAACAUUAGCAAAAAUAACAGUAGCAAAAAAAUCCGUUGCUAAUACUACUGCUACUGUUCCUGCUAAAUCAACAACUGCUACUACAAAAAAUGCAAUUGCCCCUAAAACACCCGUUGCAACUUCUAAUAUGUCGCGUGGUACGAGUCUGUUUAAUAAAUUAAACAACAACAUCAAACCAUCUGCUUCAAUGGCUACUCCUUUACAAUCAGCAUCUUCUUUGAAACCUGAAGCCUCUCAUAAAACUUUGAUUCAUGAUGAUUCCGAAGAUGACGACGAAAGACCAAUUGAAAAAUUUAAUAAAAAUAAUAACGAAUGGGGCCUAAAUGCUGCUUCAUUCAAGUCCGAUUUUGUUGACGAGGUUACUGAUAGUAGUAAUGAUGAGUUCGAAUAUGAACCACCUUCUUCUUCUCAACAUUAUCAAAAUAAAUCUCUCAACAAAAACAAUUUGGCUAACUCAACAACUCAUUUUAACAAACCAUCAAACUCUUCAACUUCUUCCUCCGUCGCUACAACUGCUUCGGUUGUUUCUACUUCUACUAAAUCAAAUUCUUUGGCUACCUCCUCCAACUCUUCUUCUGAUAACAAACCAAAAAAACGUAUUGUCCAAUCACCAAUUUCUGUCUCAUCAUCUCGUGUCUCAACUCCAUCCUGUGAAUCCUCUUACAAUCGUCGCAAUCGUUACAACAACAAUAAUAAUUCAAACUCAACUGCAUCUUCUGUUAUUCCACCACCUCCACCACCUCCAGAAAAUAAAGAUACUAUUGCCACUCUCCAACAUUUUUUACGUCUCAUUUCUGAAAACAGUGAAUCAAAUAAAGACCCCAAAGACUUUUAUGAUCUCAAAAAAGUAAUCGAUGAAGGCUCUUCUGCUCAAGUUUUCACCGCACAUGCUUUGGGUACUAAUGAAGAAUGUGCCAUUAAAGUUGUUCCUCUCACUUACUCAUUGGAAUUUAUUUUCAACGAAAUUUUUAUCUUAAAAAACUUGAAACAUAAAAACAUCGUUGACUUUAAGGAAAGUUUUGUAAAAUGGGACGGGAAAACUCGUGAAGUGUGGCUAGCAAUGGAAAAAUGUGCUCGCGGUGAUGUCACCAGUAGAGCUGGUAAAGUUAAUCAACGCGAAGUUAGCCGUAUGGCUCGUGAUGUAAAAGCCUUAAAACAUUUGCACCACAACGGCAUUAUUCACCGUGAUAUCAAACUUUCAAAUAUCUUAAGUUGUGCUAACAAUGAUGUCAAAUUGGCCGAUUUUGGUAUUUCCUCCUUAACCCCAACUUCAACUACUGCAAUGGUCGGCACUAUCCCAUACAUGGCUCCUGAUGUUGUUCUCGUUGGACCUGAUAGACCUUAUGAUACAAAAGUCGACGUCUGGUCAUUGGGUGUCUGUAUCUUGGAACUUUUGACUGGUAAAGCUGCAUGGGGUCGUAUCCGCGACGAUGAAAUCAUGGAUAAAUUACGUCGUGGUGAAAUGCCAUAUGGUUUCCAACGUUUACGUAAAAAGGCCGAUAUUGGAUGGGAAGUUGUUGACUUUCUUGAAAAAUGUUUUGCCAAAAACCCUGAAAAUAGAUGGGACGCUGAAAGAUUAUUAGAGCAUCCAUUUAUCACAAAUUGUUAUUAA